AUGCCGAUGUCUCAAGGUUGCCAGAACUGCCUCACGAUUAUUGAUCGAUAUACACGCUGGCCACAAGCAAUUCCACUGACCGACAUCACUGCACCAACGGUCGCCAAGGCUCUGUUCACAGGUUGGAUCUCUCUGUUUGGCACACCUUUGACCAUCACCACCGACCAGGGAGAUCAAUUCGAGUCGAAACUUCUGGCGGAGCUCGGCAGCAUGACGUCGUGGACACUCGCACUGCCCGCCGUCCUUCUCGGCCUUCGGACGACGUUCAAGAAGGAACUCCAAGCAUCUCCAUCCGAGAUGCUCUUCGGCACCUCAUUGCGAAUCCCCGGAGAGUUCAUAGCUAAGCAAGACGUUGCCCAGACGCAACCAGCCGAUUUCGUCGUCGCUCUUCGGCAGCUCUUUGCAGCGAUGCGUCCGGUGCCAGCAUCUCACCACGUUCAACAUCGGCCUUUCGUCUUCAAGGAGCUCGGCAGCUGCGAAUAUGUACUCAGACUGAGCGGACCUUCGUUGUCGAUGUCAACGGAGUUGAAAAAACCCUCUCAACUGAUCAGCUCAAACCAGCGUUCCUCGAGACAGCCGACGAAGCGGGUGCUCGUCAAAGUCAACAGGAGCCGAGACCCUCCCAGGAGCUACAGCAGCACUCUCGGUCGCAAUCAGCGACAGCCUCAACAAGCAGCGAGCCCUCACCACCCAGAAGAAGAGUAUCAUUCUCAUUGCCUGGACAAAAUGCCCAGUCCAUUGGGGAGGGAGUAG